AUGAAAGAUUUGUUGCCAGACCGAACGCGUUUACGGCGUUGGCUGUCACUCCAGACGAGAACCUAUCAGUAUCUCCACCACAGCUCGCGAACGGCGGAAGGCAUUGAACUGGUACCUGUACACCAGGCUAGUACUGGUGAGACCACCAGCUGUACUCAAGACCGCGAACAUCUCGUGUGGCCAAACCCCUCCCUUUCGUCUCUGAAGCUCUCUACACACCAUGACAGCAAGAGAAGAUGGGUACGGGGAGUGCUGAUAUGUACAUACGCUGCCUUUGGUGUUCUAAUAGUGAAUAUUAUCCUGACCAUUGUGGCGGCUGCCGUGUCGGUCGCGGGCCAUGGCCAGCGGACGAUGAGCUCGGCCACCAUCUAUAAGGGCAGUUGCGACCGAGCAAAGGCGUGGACGACGGGUCUGCAUCUGUUGAUUAACGUCCUCAGCACAAUCGUUCUCGGAGCCAGUAGUUACUGUAUGCAGUGCUUGACUGCGCCUUCACGUGCCGAUGUCGACCGCGCGCAUGGGCAGCGUGUGUGGCUGGAUAUCGGGGUCGCCAGCGUGCGGAAUCUGGCAUGGGCGGAUUGGCCUCGAUUGACCUUGUGGCUGGUACUUCUUACAACCUCUUUACCAUUUCACUUGAUGGAGUACGAUGUCGUGCUGGCCUCGGCCAAUUUCGAUUUCGAUCGCCCACCGGUCCAUGAUAACUCCUCGUACGUGGGCUGCUUUGAGCCAAACACGGCGAUGAGCAUGUCCACUUUCUAUGCAGACCUUCCUGGCUUCGACAAUCUAACUAAAGAGGAAUGUGUCAGCAGGUACGCGACAGAUUUCCCGACGGAUCUGGGCACCCUGAUUUUGGUGUCCAGCAACCUCACCGCUGCCAAUGAACGUCUGCAAUGGAUUAACAGGGGAAACUCAGUUUCAAGCGAUGAUGGGGAACUCAUGACAAACAAAUAUGACUGGCUAUGCGCUCAAUUCGGCGUGCCUUCAUCCUCCUGCACCUCUGCGAAACUCCUAAGUCUCCUUGAACAGUGGGCCGCCAUGCCCUUCGUACCCUGGGAUGAGUACCCAGUCGAAUAUUGUUUGAGUCGGAAGCUCACCGAACAAUGUGAGCUGCUGUUCAGUCCGGCGGUCUGUCUGGUGGUGAUUGUCUGCAAUCUGUCCAAGAUUGCGUGUAUGUUAUUAGCGGCCCGGAGCGAUCGGACGGACAUCUUUUUGACUGUUGGUGAUGCUGUAGCGUCGUUUCUGACUCGACCUGAUCCUUUUACCGAGCAGAUGGGCCUGUUAUCCCGAUCGAGUCUGUCUCAAGCACCACAGCCCUGGCGCUCGCGCCGGAAGGGCUAUUUGAAAGUCGCGGUAAAGGAAGCAUCACAACCCCGGACACGGGCAACUCUCCCGCCUCGCCGGCGAUGGAUGCGAGCCGUGCAUCCAAGCCAGUGGACAGUGACUAUUGGCGUGUACGUGGUAAUCUUUGCGUGCGAUCGAGUGGAAGGAUACUCCACUACCUUAAGUGCGCUGUGGCAAUUGGGAUUUGGCUCGGCCACGCCCUAUACCCUCUUAGACCUUCCGAGUUCAAAUGUUGUCUCCAUGUCGCUCCUCGCCAACACGCCCCAAAUUGUCGUCUCAAUCGGUUACUUCCUGUACAACAACCUCCUGACACAUAUGCUUUUGGCCGCAGAAUACGACGACUACGCGAGCCAGCGGAAGGCACUCCGCGUGUCCUGGCCUCAGGGAUCCCAGCGAUCGUCUUACUAUCUCAGUCUUCCGUAUCGCUACAGCAUUCCACUCAUGGUUGCUUCCAUGCUCCUGCAUUGGCUGGUGUCUGGUAGUUUGUUCUACGUCGAAAUCAACCCGAGUACUACGCUGGGAAACUCUUUCUCUUGGGACCGGGUCAUUGCCUGCGGAUAUGGACCGAUCGCCAUUGUGCUCGCGCUUAUUCUAGGGGGAGUGAUGACAUGUACUGUCGUGGGACUAGGCAUGAGACGUUUCGCAUCACGAAUGCCCAUUGCAGGUAGCUGCAGUGCAGCAAUCAGCGCUGCAUGUCAUCCAAUAGAGGGGGAGGAGCAUGCUCUGAAGCCAAUCAUGUGGGGUGAGAUUCCAGUGGCCGCAGUGCAGCCGGAAGAUGGAGACGACGCGGACGAAAUCAUCAGUAAUCAUGAGCUGGAAGACAGGAGGGAUGGGAAUGGUGGUUAUUCGCCGCUGAGGAAAGACACGGCUGGCCAGGAGGGUGUUUAUGGCCAUUGCAGUUUCACCUCGGGGGAAGUGAUCACUCCAAACCCAACAAAACUGUAUAUGUAG